AGAGGGAGAGAGAGAGAGUGGAAAUCGCUUCAACCACGACCUCUUAUUACAUUCAAUCCAUCACUUCAUGCUAGAGAGUUUUUUCGAAGCUGUUCAGAAGACAGAAAAGGAGAGACAUCAUAUGUGUUGUCAGAACUCCGGAAAUGGUGGUUAAUUGCAGAAUAGAUGAGAGCUGCGUUUUCUGGUGGAAGAGGGAGAAAAUGAGAAGGACCGCAACUCCAAAAUCUCAUAGAAACGGCUUCUAGCUACUGCAAGUUUCUUCCAAUGACACUCCUCCCUCUGGGUGUUCUUCUCCUUGCCGCUAUCAGUCCUGUCUUCUCGGAAGCCGCAGCAAACAACACGUUCCGGCCCGGCGAAGAGCUUCGGAAGUACAGGAGGAUAAGAGCCCAUGUCAAGAGGCUGAACAAGCCACCUGUGAAGACAAUUCAGAGUCCGGACGGUGAUCUCAUAGACUGUGUGCUCUCUCAUCUCCAACCCGCAUUUGAUCACCCCAGACUGAAAGGAUUGAAACCUCUGGAUCCGCCGGAGAGACCCAGAGGCCAUAAUCCAGCUGGCACCAUAACCGAUGACAGCUUCCAGUUGUGGCGGACUUCCGGGGAGUCAUGUCCGGAUGGAACUGUUGCCAUCAAGAGGACGAAAGAAGAAGACAUCUUGCGUGCCAGCUCAGUGAAGAGAUUUGGCAGGAAGCCAGCAGUGAGAACAAGGCAUGACUCUGAGAGCAGCGGGCAUGAGCAUGCAGUCGGGUAUGUCGUGGGAGAUCAAUACUAUGGCGCGAAAGCAAGCCUAAAUGUGUGGGCACCUAAGGUCUCCAGUCCUGAUGAAUUCAGCUUAUCACAGAUAUGGCUCAUCUCCGGAACUUUUGGCAGUGAUCUGAACACCAUCGAAGCUGGAUGGCAGGUGAGUCCGCAGCUGUAUGGUGAUACUUCUCCAAGGUUCUUCACCUACUGGACGAGCGAUGCAUAUCAAGCAACGGGAUGCUAUAACCUUCUCUGUUCGGGUUUCAUUCAAACCAAUAACAUGAUCGCCAUCGGAGCUGCAAUCUCUCCGGUGUCAGCCUACAGUGGCGGCCAGUACGAUCUCAGUCUCCUCGUGUGGAAGGAUCCAGACCACGGGAACUGGUGGCUGGAGCUGGGAACAGGUGUGCUGUUAGGCUACUGGCCCUCGUUCCUGUUCACCCACUUGUCGGAGCAUGCGAGCAUGGUACAGUUCGGAGGAGAAAUCGUGAACACGCAGCCGCUGGGGCUCCACACCUCCACCGAGAUGGGCAGCGGACAUUAUGCCGGGGAAGGCUUCGGGAAAGCUUCUUAUUUCCGCAGCUUGCAGGUUGUGGACUGGGACAAUAGCUUGAUCCCUGUACCAAAUCUACGGGUGCUUGCGGAUCAUCCAAAUUGCUACGACAUACACGGCGGAAUCAACCGGGUGUGGGGGAACUACUUCUACUACGGCGGCCCAGGAAGAAGCCACAGAUGCUCUUGAUCAAGCGAGGUUUACUCGAGAAUUUUUUUGUCCAAGAUAUUUGUUUCUUCUCCUCAUGUUUCCUUCUCUGUUUCUCAUCUACUUUCAUGGAAUCUGGAUUGCCAAAUGUAUACAGCUUCAGAGGCCUGUAAAUGUUGGGAAAUAUAUUGGAGAAUUA